UUACAUAGCACAAUCUAACCCAUCCUAAUACAUUUUCACUAGGAGAUAAGCUCUAAGAGGUUAGAGACUUUGCCUGCAUCUCUGGUGCCUGGUGCAAGCUCCUGUGGAUGUUUGCAUUUUCUGCCCUAAAACCUACAAGAGGCCUUUGGGUGACAUCUACUAAUUAUAUUUCCUGAAAGCUCAGGACCAGUAUUCAUUCUGCUUCCCAGGGCUAAUCCCUGAAUUCUGUGGGUGACUUUACAAAGCCCAGCAUGGCUCUCAGAAUCGCCCUGUUGUCUCAGUCUACCAUGCUGGCCACCCUGUGGCUGACUGGCCUUUCUUUCCCCUCUCUCUGGGCCCAGCCAUUAAUCAGCUGUCCCUACAAGAAUCUAUGCCAACAGUCCCUACUCUCCGGCAAUGAUAUUGUCCUGAAGUGCGACCUUCCUAGGGCACUCUGGUAUUUCUCCUCCAUUCUAGGGGAGGAUCUCUUCCUGAUCAACUCAAUGCAUAAUAUAAAGAACCUGCCUGGGGGCAGCCUACAGUUGACCAACCCUCAGCCCUCCCAGUCAGGUCUCUAUCGCUGCCAGGACAAUCACAAUAUCCUCAUAGUGGAAUAUGAAAUUGACUUCCAAGAUGUCACUACCCUGCACAUUACACACAAAGCCCUGGACCAACAACCCCUUCAGAAUGAGACCCUUAGGCUAGGAGGUGAGGUGCUCAUCUUCACCCAGUGGGAGCCCUGGCAGGUCUGUAACCGCUGUGGGGUGCCUGGCGAACGUAAGCGCCUGGGCUACUGCUAUAUUGAGGAGCCCCAGGAGAAACCCAUGUCCUGUGGACUCUAUCUGAGAGAGGAGAACCUGCCACACACCCGCUUGAGGCCUGAGAUGCAGGUAGAAACCUGCCUUGUACCCUGUGACCCUGCUAAGGAAGUGGACCAGUCAUACUUCAUCUUUGACAUUUACCAGCUGGGCACGUUGACCAACAACAUAUGGCUUAACUGCCCCUUGGCCUCCAUUUACAGGCCCGUCAGCUGGGAGGCUAACAACACCCCCUUGACCUGGCAGAACGAGCUCUCGGGCAAGAAUCUCCACAGCACCCUGGACAUCCCCUCGGGCGGUCGGCAACUGCAGAUCUUCCAGCCAGCCAUUUAUAGGUGCUUUGUGGAGCAGGAGGUCGUAGCCCAGUUCAAUCCCCUGGGUGCCCUGAAGCCAAAGGAACCUCAGACAAGAGAGAACAAGACCCAGGAACCAGUCUCGAAGACACUCUCCAUUCCUCUGUGGUUGAAACUGCUGCCAUUCGUGGGCACAGUCUUGGUUUUGGGGCUGCUGCUGCUCAAAACCCUCAGCCCUCUCUCUGGCAAAAGCAGAAAUCGGACACUGCUGGUGAAAUAAAACAAGCCCUCGGGGACCCCGGUCCUGGCCUUCUA